AUGCCGACCGUCAUUAGCACAUCUGUGGCUCCAAGGAUAUCGGCUGAGCCCCGGUCCCCAGGGCCAGUUCCUCACCCAGCCCAGAGCAAGGCCACCGAGGCUGGGGGUGGAAACCCAAGUGGCAUCUAUUCAGCCAUCAUCAGCCGCAAUUUUCCUAUUAUCGGAGUGAAAGAGAAGACAUUCGAGCAACUUCACAAGAAAUGUCUAGAAAAGAAAGUUCUUUAUGUGGACCCUGAGUUCCCACCGGAUGAGACCUCUCUCUUUUAUAGCCAGAAGUUCCCCAUCCAGUUCAUCUGGAAGAGACCUCCGGAAAUUUGUGAGAAUCCCCGAUUUAUCAUUGAUGGAGCCAACAGAACUGACAUCUGUCAAGGAGAGCUAGGGGACUGCUGGUUCCUCGCAGCCAUUGCCUGCCUGACCCUGAACCAGCACCUUCUUUUCCGAGUCAUACCCCAUGAUCAAAGUUUCAUCGAAAACUACGCAGGGAUCUUCCACUUCCAGUUCUGGCGCUAUGGAGAGUGGGUGGACGUGGUUAUUGAUGACUGCCUGCCAACGUACAACAAUCAACUGGUUUUCACCAAGUCCAACCACCGCAAUGAGUUCUGGAGCGCUCUGCUGGAGAAGGCUUAUGCUAAGCUCCAUGGUUCCUACGAAGCUCUGAAAGGUGGGAACACCACAGAGGCCAUGGAGGACUUCACAGGAGGGGUGACAGAGUUUUUUGAGAUCAGGGAUGCUCCUAGUGACAUGUACAAGAUCAUGAAGAAAGCCAUCGAGAGAGGUUCCCUCAUGGGCUGCUCCAUUGAUGAUGGCACAAACAUGACCUAUGGAACCUCUCCUUCUGGUCUGAACAUGGGGGAGUUGAUUGCACGGAUGGUGAGGAAUAUGGAUAACUCGCUGCUCCAGGACUCCGACCUCGACCCCAGAGGCUCAGAUGAAAGACCAACCCGGACAAUCAUUCCAGUUCAGUAUGAGACAAGAAUGGCCUGCGGGCUGGUCAGAGGUCACGCCUACUCUGUCACGGGGCUGGAUGAGGUCCUGUUCAAAGGUGAGAAAGUGAAGCUGGUGCGGCUGCGGAAUCCCUGGGGCCAGGUGGAGUGGAACGGUUCUUGGAGUGAUAGUUGGAAGGACUGGAGCUUUGUGGACAAAGAUGAGAAGGCCCGUCUGCAGCACCAGGUCACUGAGGAUGGAGAGUUCUGGAUGUCCUAUGAGGAUUUCAUCUACCAUUUCACAAAGUUGGAGAUCUGCAACCUCACGGCCGAUGCUCUGCAGUCUGACAAGCUUCAGACCUGGACGGUGUCUGUGAACGAGGGCCGCUGGGUACGGGGUUGCUCUGCCGGAGGCUGCCGCAACUUCCCAGAUACUUUCUGGACCAACCCUCAGUACCGUCUGAAGCUCCUGGAGGAGGACGAUGACCCUGAUGACUCGGAGGUGAUUUGCAGCUUCCUGGUGGCCCUGAUGCAGAAGAACCGGCGGAAGGACCGGAAGCUAGGGGCCAGUCUCUUCACCAUUGGCUUCGCCAUCUACGAGGUUCCCAAAGAGAUGCACGGGAACAAGCAGCACCUGCAGAAGGACUUCUUCCUGUACAAUGCCUCCAAGGCCAGGAGCAAAACCUACAUCAACAUGCGGGAGGUGUCCCAGCGCUUCCGCCUGCCUCCCAGCGAGUACGUCAUCGUGCCCUCCACCUAUGAGCCCCACCAGGAGGGGGAAUUCAUCCUCCGGGUCUUCUCUGAAAAGAGGAACCUCUCUGAGGAAGUUGAAAAUACAAUCUCCGUGGAUCGGCCAGUGAAAAAGAAAAAAACCAAGCCCAUCAUCUUCGUUUCGGACAGAGCAAACAGCAACAAGGAGCUGGGUGUGGACCAGGAGUCAGAGGAGGGCAAAGGCAAAACAAGCCCUGAUAAGCAAAAGCAGUCCUCACAGCCACAGCCUCGCAGCUCUGACCAGGAAAGUGAGGAACAGCAACAAUUCCAGAACAUUUUCAAGCAGAUAGCAGGAGAUGACAUGGAGAUCUGUGCAGAUGAGCUCAAGAAGGUCCUUAACACAGUCGUGAACAAACACAAGGACCUGAAGACACACGGGUUCACACUGGAGUCUUGCCGUAGCAUGAUUGCGCUCAUGGAUACAGAUGGCUCUGGAAAGCUCAAUCUGCAGGAGUUCCACCACCUCUGGAACAAGAUUAAGGCCUGGCAGAAAAUUUUCAAACACUAUGACACAGACCAGUCCGGCACCAUCAACAGCUACGAGAUGCGAAAUGCAGUCAACGACGCAGGAUUCCACCUUAACAACCAGCUCUACGACAUCAUUACCAUGCGGUACGCAGACAAACACAUGAACAUCAACUUUGACAGUUUCAUCUGCUGCUUCGUCAGGCUGGAGGGCAUGUUCAGAGCUUUUCAUGCAUUUGACAAGGAUGGAGAUGGUAUCAUCAAACUCAACGUUCUGGAGUGGCUGCAGCUCACCAUGUAUGCCUGAACCAGGCCUCAUCCAAAGCCAUGCAAGAUCACUCAGGAUUUCAGUUUCACCCUCUAUUUCCAAAGCCACUUACCUCAAAGGACCCAGCAGCUACACCCCUAUAGGCUUCCAGGCACCUCAUCAGUCAUGUUCCUCCUCCAUUUUACCCCCUACCCAUCCUUGAUCGGUCAUGCCUAGCCUGACCCUUCAGUAAAGCAAUGAGGUAGGAAGAACAAACCCUUGUCCCUUUGCCAUGUGGAGGAAAGUGCCUGCCUCUGGUCCAAGCGGCCUCGAUUCUGAAGCGAGUGCUCCUGCUUACCUUGCUCUAGGCUGUCUGCAAAAGCCCCUGCCAGUGGCACUCAGCACCUCCUUGUGCUAGAGCCCUCCAUCACCUUCACGCUGUCCCACCAUGGGCCAGGAACCAAACCAGCACUGGGUUCUGCCUGGUUAUUUUAGGAGAGGCCUGCUGUGGGGUAAACUAACUCAGUGGAAUAGGGCUGGUUACUUUGGGCUGUCCAACUCGUAAGUUUGGCUGCAUUUUGAAAAAAGCUGAUCUAAAUAAAGGCAUGUAUAUGGCUGGUC